AUUCAUUGUGAAUUUGAUUUUGUUCUCUUAUUCUGAGAUUGGAAGUCGGCAAUAGCAAUGAGGACUCUGCAGCUUUGCUUAAGUAUGUGCGUGGUCAUUCUGUUUUGUUUUCCUUGUGACGCGUUGAAUACUACGACUGUAAGAAGUGGGAAAUCAACGAUUGGACCUGUAUUUGUGACAGUCACCGAAAAACCAAAUCAAUCUGAUCAGCGGCAAGUUUUGAUCAGAUUUUAUGGACCUCCAGAUACAGUGCUUAUUGUUAACGAACAAAAACUUAAUAAAGUUCCAGAUUCAGAUGGAGAUUUUGUAUCAGAGGUGGAUCUUGAAAAUCCCGUUGAUUUUUACUUACAUGUAAGAUUAUCCUCUAAAGCCACGUCUGAAUGGUUAUGGAUCAACAUAAUUCAGGACAUUGGGUAUUAUGAAAUACAUCCAAGUUGUAACCUGGAUGUCACCUCUUUCGAUGUAGGAGAGAUAACAACAUACACCAUCGUAGUAUCAGAAUGUCCCGGAAAACCCAGCGGAAGCCUUAUCGACGAAUUGUAUAAAAAUGGAGAACGCAUCUAUUCGAAAGAGUAUCUGAUAAAAGAAGAAACUCAGGAGUAUAUGCAGAAAAGUGUAACGACCGUAAGCUUUAAUAGAUCCAGAAUGAUGAACGACAAUGUCGACCUGUCACUGUGGUUUGGUUUAUAUCAUGUUUCACAGGACAACCUAACACCUGACUUUUAUAGGGCAUACAUAAUUGCUGAUCAAGGCAAUUUCCUCGGGGCAAACCUUGAACGUUGAAAUGUACGCUUAUUCAAAAUAAAAACAUUGCUUAACAUUCACA